ACGGCUUGCAGUGACCUCAUCAGCAGCUGCAGCGCGAGGCGGAGCUGCAACUUUUGUAUGAACUUCGAAGUUGAAUAAUUGUGAACGAGACGCUGGGGCCAACGGUAGUGUUGCUGGAGUAGAUACAACAAUACACUGAAAAAUCUCUCGCGACACACGGGAAAACAGCAGGAAUAACGGCCGCACGCAGACUGCACUCCGCUGGCGAAUAUUACGAGGCGGAGAGACGUUUGUGUCGGACUUUUAUCGCAAGAUUUUGUGGGAGAAGGACCGCACGAGAGCAGCGAGAGGCGGAGAGGGAAGAAGUUCUGCAUAAAGGGAUGAGAGGAGGAAGGUCAGAUCACCUAAUGGUCAGCACACAUGCCUGAUUCAGGUUCACUUUAAAGUUCACAUUCAUCGUGCAAUUAUCUGUCCUCCAUUCUCUAGCCUCUCCAGCUGAGUGGCUGCUCAUGUUCCCCAAGCUUCGUUAUUUCAGCUACACUGCGGGCAUGCUCCAGUGCUGAGCUCCGCCACUUAGCCGUACCAUGACCAGUCUAAAGCGUUCACAGACCGAACGCUCUGUGGGCGGCUCUGUUCCCGCCACAGAUGAGUUUUAUACUCGCCGUCUGCGCUUGCCCAAUGGAGGCGCGCCACCCCCUCGCAGUGAAAGCACGCACUUGACUGGCACGCCCGGGGUUCCCAAAAUGGGUGUCCGAGCACGGGUCGCCGACUGGCCCCCCAGGAAAGAUGGCGGCAGUGGAGGAAGUGGAGGAGGGGGUGGAAAUGGAGGUGGGGUGUGGCACAUCACAGUGGAGACGGAUUCCCCUUCCACCACCACAGGAAGUGCCCAGAGCAACUUGUCAAGCAAGCUCGGUCACCUGAUCAGCCCUCAGGACUCAUCCAUGUUGCGGAACAUUCACAACACUCUGAAGAACAAGAUGCAGAGCAAAGGCAAAGACAAUCGCUUCCUCUCACCCGAUGGGUACCUCGGGUCGCCCCGGAAGGGAAUGCGGCGUAUACGGCAGCGGAGCAACAGCGACAUCACCAUAAGUGAACUAGACGGCGAUGGUAGCGAGGGCUGGUCUUUCUCAGGAUGGACGCCCAUGCAUCGAGAGUAUGGCAGUACCUCAUCCAUUGACAAGCACGGUGUGUCUGGCGAAAGCUUCUUCGACAUGCUCAAAGGCUAUCAGACCGACGCUCCGGACCAGCGCAGCCCUGCCCCUGAAAAGUUAAGUGAAUUGCUGACAGUAGCUCAUAAACAAACUGCCCUCGACUUGCCCGACGGACCUCUUGGUCCUCCACGUGGCAGUCCUGCUAGUCGCCUGAAAGAAAGAGAAAAACACAUGAAGAGGCGUUCAAAGUCAGAGACGGGUGGAGAGUCCAUAUUCCGCAAGCUACGUAGCGUCAAAGCCGAAGGUGAUUCGUCACGUGCGGGUUCCGAUGCGGAAGACGGAAAGUCUGAUGACGUGGGUCCUCCUCCUAAACCAUGGGUCUGCCAGAAAGGUUUCGCGCACUUUGAUGUCCAGAGUAUUCUUUUUGACCUGAACGAGGCUGUGCAGAGUCGGCAAAGCGCUGUGAAGCGGAAGAACACCACCACUGGUGCCUCUGCUGCAGCCGCAGCCUCUGCCUCCACCACGUCUUCUCUCUCGUCCACCCAAAGCGGGGCUUACGGCUCCCCUUGUGGCAGCCAGGAAGAGCUCAACAUCAAGGACGGGCCUUCUCUAGACUCAGGUGACGACAAGAGCAACGAUUUGGUCCUCAGCUGCCCAUGUUUCCGGAACGAAAUUGGUGGUGAAGGAGAGAGGAACAUCAGCCCUUCCAAACAGGGCAGUAUCGGCAGUGGUGCCUCUAGCUCUUCCAGAGAUGAAGAAGGAUCCCCUGAAAGAGCUCCCAACACACAUUUUAACAAUGCAGGGGUGGCUGUUCUUGAAGCCCCCAAGGAAAGCAAGAGUCUCCAUCAUGAUCGUGGAAAGAGCAACAUAGUAGAACACGUAGACUUGGGUGCUUAUUAUUACAGGAAAAACUUCUAUUUGAGAGAGCACUGGAACUACUUAGGUGUCGAUGAGACCCUGGGACCGGUAGCUGUCAGUAUUCGUCGGGAAAAACUUGAGGAUCACAAAGAGCACGGCCAGCAAUACAACUACAGAAUCAUCUUCAGAACCAGUGGGUUAACAACCUUACGGGGCUCCAUUUUGGAGGAUGCUGUGCCCUCCACCUCCAAGCAUGGCUUGGCUCGAGGCCUGCCUCUAAAGGAGGUGUUGGAGUACCUUGUACCUGAGCUCAAUGCCCACUGCCUCCGUCUUGCCCUCAACACACCCAAGGUCACAGAGCAGCUGAUGAAACUGGAUGAACAGGGGCUCAGUUUCCAGCUGAAGGUGGGAAUCAUGUACUGUCAGGCUGGCCAGAGCAGCGAGGAGGAGAUGUACAAUAAUGAGGCAGCAGGUCCCGCCCUAGAAGAGUUCCUGCAGUUGCUGGGGGAAAGGGUGCGCCUUAAGGGUUUUUCCAAGUACCGUGCCCAACUGGACACUAAAACGGACUCUACCGGAACACAUUCUUUGUACACAACUUUUAAAGACUAUGAGAUCAUGUUCCAUGUGUCUACAAUGCUGCCCUACACGCCCAAUAAUAAACAGCAGCUGUUAAGGAAAAGACACAUCGGAAACGACAUCGUCACAAUCGUGUUUCAAGAGCCUGGAGCAAAGCCCUUUAGCCCCAAGAACAUCCGCUCACACUUUCAGCAUGUCUUUGUGGUUGUACGAGUGCACAACCUGUGCUCCGACAACACCUGCUACAGCGUGGCAGUGGCUCGCUCACGAGAUGUACCUGCCUUUGGACCGCCUAUUCCCGAGGAUGCAACGUUCCCAAAAUCCACCGUCUUUCGAGAUUUCCUGCUAGCCAAGGUCAUCAAUGCUGAAAAUGCAGCCCACAAGUCAGACAAGUUCCGCGCCAUGGCCACUCGGACGCGACAGGAGUACUUGAGGGAUCUGGCUGAACGGCAUGUAACAAGCACACCUAUCGAUCCCUCGGGCAAAUUUCCUUUUAUUUCUUUGGCCCACAAGCGUAAAGAGAAGACCCGGCCCUAUUCUGGCGCAGAGCUGCGUAGCCCAGGGUCCAUCACCUGGCCUGUUUACGCUGAGGACCAUGGAGCCGGAGGAGAACUGGAGGCCCUGCUGGCUAUUUCAAAUGACUUUCUAGUACUGGUGGACCCAGAAGCUAAGGCUGUUGUCUUCAACUGUGCUGUCCGAGAUGUCAUUAGUUGGACGCUGGGGAGCCCUGCUUCCAUGAAGAUCUACUAUGAACGUGGAGAAAACAUCUCUCUGCGCUCCAUUAAUAACAACACAGAAGACUUCCGUGAGGUUAUCAAACGUUUAGAGCACCUCACUAAAGGCUGUGAGACCUCUGAGAUAACCUUGCGCAGGAAUGGCCUGGGCCAACUUGGUUUUCACGUUAACUACGAAGGCAUCGUGGCAGAGGUGGAGCCGUAUGGCUAUGCCUGGCAAGCGGGGCUGAGACAAGGCAGCCGGUUGGUUGAAAUUUGCAAGGUGGCUGUGGCAACACUUUCACACGAGCAAAUGAUAGACCUGCUCCGCACCUCCGUAACUGUGAAAGUUGUCAUCAUACCGCCCCACGAGGAUGCCACACCUCGCAGGGGCUUUUCAGAACUGCACCGCAUGCCAGUCGUUGAAUACAAGGGCAGCAAUGAGAGUGGCUCAUUUGAGUACAAGUUUCCUUUCCGGAGCAAUAACAACAAAUGGCAGCGCACCUCGUCCAGCCCACAGCAGUCCCUCACUGCCUCACCUCAGAGUCACAGUGGAACCCCGAACCGUGCUGUCAGCCUGGGGGCCAGCAUGGGCAAGACCCUCUCUGCUGAGCGGCCCGAAAGAGCUACCGCCAUCCCCCGCAGCGUGUCCAGUGACGGCCGACCUCUGGACUCUAAAAGGAUGUCUCCAGGUUCUGAGAACUAUGCCCUGACCUCCUCUCUCAUGUUGGGCCGCUCACCGCACAACCGCAGUUCCCCCAGUAACCUCUCCUGCUCCAGUGACACGGGCUCAGGCAGCUCCGCUCACUGGAGGCAGAAGUCCAUGCCGGAGGGAUUUGCGCACAACAGGCACUCUCCUCUCCCAGCAGAGCGGCAAAUGGGGGCAGAGGAUGGAAGCAGCGGCAAGUCGACACCCAGCUGGCCCAGAGUGGAGGAUAGCUCUGACAGACCGCCAUCAGAUGCUCCAGUCACUAAGUCUAGCUCGUCCUACUCAGGUGGCCCACGCAUCCAGAGACAGGAACAGGUUAUUCACCUUUCACCCAAGAAGGGCAGCCAGUCUGAAGGUCCGUACUCCCACUCCAGCAGUAAUACGCUCUCCAGCACCACGUCUAGUGGGGGUCACAGCGAUGACAAGUGGUAUGAUCUGGGCAGUGGAGGGAUAGCAGACCAGCCGGACUUGGAGCCGAACGGUUUGGGUGGUGGAGGCUACCUGCAGGGCGCUUCAGCCGACAGCGGCAUUGAUGCUACAUCAUACGGCCCCACCCAUGGCAGUUCUAGCUCUCUGCUGGCUGUGGGAGCUGCUGGUGCCAGAGAAAGAGCCCCCUCACCUUGGCACAGCCCCACAGAAGGGGGCCGGAGGGUGCUUGAGAGGUCCCCUCCUGCAGCUGAGUCCCCAGUGUCCCCUGCAGAUGGGCCGCCUACUACCCGAAGCCCACCGACCCAUCUACUGGUCCGGGAUGGUAGCUCCUACAGUCUGAGUGACAUGGCCUCUUAUUCUAGCACACGCCACUCUGUCAGCCCUGCAGUCCUGAGCUCCAGCCACAGCUCCCCACGUGAAGAGUCUUCCUCAGCCACCUCCCCCUCCUCCUCCUCCUCCUCCCAGAGCUCGGUGUCACCUGGCCCUAAGAGUUUCUAUCCACGCCAAGGGGCCACUAGCAAAUACCUUAUCGGCUGGAGGAAACCAGGCAGCACCAUCAACUCUGUGGACUUUGGGGACACACGCAAAAGACCACAGGGUGAGGGAUCAGACCCCGGGUCUUCUCAGUCCAGGCCCUCUCUUAGGGAUCUGCACUCUCCUCAAGCCAUGUGCAAGUCUACAGUGGAAGAAGAUCUGAAGAAACUUGUCACACCAGAAAGUCCCCCAUCCAAGCAGCACAAGGACAAGUCCUCCUCCGGUCCAGCAAGCUCAGGGCGGCGUUCUCUUCACCGCACCCUGUCAGAUGAGAGUAUAUACCGGGGUCAGCGGCUGCCAUCUCUGGGAGAUUCAGUUCUAGAGCAGGCUCUGGCCAGCGACGUGCUCUUCAGCUGCUCUACCCUUCCACGAUCUCCGACCACCCGUUGCGCCCCACUGCGCAGACCUUCCUACAAAAUGGGCAUCAAGAUGCAUGGUGACCUCUCAGCGUCUGACACCUCUCUAGCAGACCUGCACGAGCGACAGAGGCCACCUCCUCCUGAACUGGGUCUCAUGCCCCUCCCGGACACGGACACAGACAGUGGCCUGGACUGGACCCACCUCGUGGAUGUUGCCAAUGCUUUCGAGGGUGAGAGAAGACCACAACGCAUGCAGAGAGGGUUUAUGUUUAGUUCUCAAGACAUCAGUCAGAGAGGAGAGACUUCGCUCAGUCCUCAGCAUCUAGAGCUGCAGCCAGUGCUGCACACCAGACUCUCCCCCAGUGAGGGGCCUUCAAGCUACAGUGGGAAGGUUUCUCAGCUGGAAGCUUUGGUGAAGAUGUUGCAGGAGGACUUGAAGAAAGAGAGGGAAGAGAAAUUGAAACUGCAGGCACAAAUUAAGAGGCUUUGGGAGGACAAUCAGAGGCUGCAAGAAGAGUCUCAAAGCUCCGCUGCCAAGCUCAAGAAGUUCACGGAGUGGGUCUUUAACACCAUCGAUCUGAACUGAGCCAUCUACAGAAGACAGGCAAGAUCAAUAGACUUCUCGAGGACCAGACAGACGUGAGAGAGACUUUUACUCCCAUGUGAGACCGGAUUGAGAAUUGUCCAUUCACAAAUCAACAUAAUUUGAUGUUCACAUUAGCAUUCCUCUACAGACUGUGGCGAUAAUGACCAACUCUGACAUGGCUCAAAGUCAGGGGAGGGCAAAAAUACAAAUCUUCAGCCCUUUCCUGUGAUGACUUCUCCUCUCUAGAUCCCCCGGGACAUCAUUAGAAGUGCCCACAGGAGUAACUAGUAACUGGCUGUGAUGCCGGCCUCUGGCUUCCAGGCUGUUCCACUCUUGUCCCUCCUGUGCCCUACUUGUGACUGACAACCUGACAUUAGGUUCCAGUCAUUUUGACCGUGCUACAGUCCUGCCCCAUGAAGACCCCCUGCCUCAGAGCCAGAGUAGAAGACUCCUCUGCUACACGACCAUAUUUCAGCAUCCAGUCGUAAAAUUUUGCGGCGUCAUUGUGGUUUUGGAGUUUGUGCUUUUUUCCCAAACUGUAGGAUGCCUGUCCGCAUGAAACCAAUCUACAAAUUGUGUUUGUACCAUUACACCAUUUGUUUCAAAAGAAGGAACACUGGCGGCAUGAAGUGAUUUGCCUGAAGUCAAAACUUUUGUUGUGUUGUGAUGUUUUGUCUCAACAUCAGUUGAAGCAAUAGCAGGGAGUCUAAACCCUUGUCCUAAAGAACGGACUUGCGCAUACAUAAUGACUUUGGCAAUAUCCUGCCUCGAAGUACAUCUCAAGUCUGUGGUACGAACACUGAUGAUCCUACAAGUCUGGAAUUUAAGGACAAGUCUUAAUUUGGGAACAGUUCAGUUAUUUAUUCCGUUUAUGUUUUGAGUAAUCAAUUAUUGAUUCUCUAUGCGUGCAGUACAAUGGACAUCUGUGAAUAGUGUUUAUUUCAGAAGGGGAUGUCACCUCAUUUGGACUAAUUUUUGUUAAAAAAAUUAUUAUUAUUUUUUUUUCUAGUAGAGUUCUGCCUGAGCUGCAGUAUUUUUUAUUUGUUUUUUGUGCGAGUUGUGGUGCCCUAGUCUGCUAUUGUGUUGCUUUAGUGCCAUCUAGUGGUAAUAAGUGAUCGUCUCACUUGACUUCAGCUCUAAUCUAUUCCAGUAUGUUUCCACGUUGCCUAAACACACCCAUAGUGAUGGAAACCUUCCAUUCAACCAAGAAACAAUGCUAUAAAAAACAAACACACGGGUAAGGUAUUGGAUUCAAUAUCAGGGAUGAGAGGAGGUGCCUUUCUGAGAAAAGGGAAAAAAGGAAGGAGGUAAAAAAAACUAGGAGCCUUUUCAGAGGUAUAACAGAAGUCAUGAGUUCUCAUGAAAAAUGCAAUGGGCUGCUCACAGGAACUAGCCUCAGAAAGAAUGCACUCACACCGAGUCAUUUCUUGGGUGCUGUGGCCAUCAUCGCGCAACGAGCACGGAAUCAGAGGGACGGCUUAGUUAAGAGCCUGGUUCACUGUCUGGGAUCAAUAAUAUUGAACAACUGCCCUGUAAUCUCACACCCAGUUAUAGCACUUUGCUCUUGUUGUCAGUUCCUCAGUCCCUCGUUUGAACAUAGUGGCAUUCCCAGAGUAAAAAGGUCAGUCAUCAAAGACCAAACAUCUUGCCCUACUUAUAUCACUGACCCAAGUAAUGUAUAGCUCAAAUAUUGUAUAGCUCUCCAUUUUAUGGUUUGAAGGGCCUGUUUAUACUGUGCAGGAAAUGCUAGCUGGUUUCUCAGUAUAAUGAAGAUGGAGUCCAUUUCUGGAUACUUUAAGUAUUGUGCAGAAGAUGUGGACAAUGGAUCCGGAGGUAACUUUGAUUUGAGUUUGUGAACAGUGAGCAGCCAUAAUCGAUUCUGUUCUAGGAAUCACUCGAAGUGUCUCAGAAAGUGCCUCCCGAUGCCAGCAGAGAACGACACACUAAGAAUGCCAAACAUUUUGCCUCGGUCGAAACUCCCUGUAAACAGGGAUGACCUGCACAACAUGGAGAACAACGUGAGAUUAUUCAUUUCAUUUCCAGGUUUUGCUGCCUCAGUCAGGAGGGUGAAACAAGAGCAUCAAACUCCCUGACCGCAGAAAACACGACUGCUAUUUAUUCUUGCAUCUCUCCCCUCUGGUUUGGUAUUCAUUUUUCCAACAUUCUCAAUCCUUUAUCAUUUUUAAACACAUAAAUGGUUUUGUUCAAGGUAAAUAUUGACGACUGUGGGAAUGUGAUUUUUUUUUUUAUUCAUUCUUUCUCUUAUCUCUUCUAUUUUUGUUCUUAGCUUCCUGAGUUGAAUUUCUUUGCACUGUUUUUGUUUUGUUUUGUAGAAAUCUAUCGCGACUGGUUUAUGGACAUGCAUAAACAUAUGGCUUUUGAUGUUGUUUCUUGUUCUUACGUAUGCAGUCACUUUUGAGAGAGACGAGGCUGGGAUGGUGUUCCCUUCCUUGAUCUCUUUUAUAAUGUGUCAUUAGACGUUACUCCAUAUAUUCUCCCAUCUAAACUUUCAAGAAUUGUGUUUUUAAUGAUGUGCACAUUUUAAAAAGGAGCAUUACGAUUACAAACAAAAAGUACUGUUUACAUAUACUGUUCAUCUUCUUUGUAAAGUGUAGAGGUUUAAAAAGAGACUUUCCAGUGAUUACAGUAUUACGGUUUCAUAAAUAAAUAAUAAUAAAAAAAACUUGAUUUGAGGUGCUGUAAUUAUUCAUGAACUGGUCAAAACAAAUGGCUCGUGCUUGCCGCCUGCUCUAUGAGGUGUAAUCUGCCAUUGCUUUCUGAGCCAAUAAAUUAAUUGAA